AUGGGCCAAGGGCCCCAGCGCCGACGAAAUGGCCGCCGCAAGCGCUUGCCUUCUGCCGCCAGCAACCCCCCGAGCCGCCCCUUCACCCAACUAAAGGGCCGCCCGACCCCCGCUUGCGCAAACCACCGCCGCACGCGUCUCAGCCAGCCAACACAAACCACCGCCACAAGCGUCUCGGCCGCCGCACACGCCUCAGCUUGCCAGCGCUGCAGCCGCCGCUCGCGCUCCGUCUUCGCCCACGUCCCCCGGCCCAAGGUUGUGCCUAUUUCUGUGUGCAAUGACUACUGCCAACCUGGUUAUCAGAAGAAAAAGAAGGAAGGGGAGAAGUUUUGCUGCUACAAUUGUGUUCCUUGUCCAGAAGGGAAGAUUACAGAUGGGAUAGAUAUGGUUGACUGUAUCAGAUGCUCAGAAGAACAAUACCCAAGCAAGGACCAAGAUGGGUGCAUUCCUAAAGUUAUAACCUUCUUGUCCUUUGAUGAACCUUUAGGGAUCAGUUUAGCAUCAGUUGCAAUUUCAUUUUCCCUGGUAACGGCCUUGAUUCUAGGUACAUUUAUGAAGCACAAAAAUACCCCAAUAGUCAAAGCCAAUAACCCGGAUAUCACGUACACUCUCCUGAUUUCCCUGCUGAUCUGCUUCCUCAGUCCUUUGUUAUUUCUUGGAUUCCCUAAGAAGGUGACCUGCUUCUUCCGACAAUCUGCUUUUGGCAUUAUCUUCUCCGUGGCUGUUUCUUGUGUGUUGGCCAAAACGAUCACUGUGAUAGUAGCUUUCAUGGUAACCAAACCAGGAUUCAGCAUGAGGAAGUGGGUGGGGAAAAGACUGCCCGUAUCCAUUAUCCUUACUUGUUCCCUCAUGCAAUCAGGCAUUUGUGUCGUGUGGUUGGGAACCUCUCCCCCUUUCCCGCAUUUUGACACACAGUCACUGACUACUGAGAUAGUGGCAGAAUGCAAUGAAGGGUCAGUCUUCAUGUUUUAUAUUGUCCUUGGGUACAUGGGGCUUCUGUCGCUCAUCAGUUUGACUGUGGCUUUCCUAGCCAGGAAGCUGCCAGACACUUUUAACGAAGCCAAAUUUAUUACCUUCAGCAUGUUGGUCUUUUGCAGUGUUUGGUUGUCUUUUGUUCCAACUUACCUGAGCACCAAAGGGAAAUCCAUGGUAGCCGUGGAGAUCUUCUCUAUACUGUUCUCCAGUGCAGGGUUACUGGCCUGUAUUUUUUUCCCCAAGUGCUAUAUUAUUGUGUUGAAGCCUGAGCUGAACAAGAGAGAACUGCUAAAAAGGCAAAAGUGUUAA